GAAGAAAAACAGUGUUACCAAGGUACGAAUGUAUCUAUAACCCUAGUUACCGUUCCAUAAUAAAUCAAUUUAUAAUAAAUCGUGUGUAGUUAAAAUAUUUAUUAUCUAUUUAUUAUUACAUAACGGUGCUAGAAUUUAUUAAAAUGCUAUCAUAAGUAUUCGAUAUAUAAAUUAUAUGUUAAAACCUCGUGAUCGAAGUGCGUGUAUGAAUGUAUAUUGAGUAGCCGCGAUUUUUUUGACAGUUUAGUGCAUACACCUGUCUUGUGCCCUAAAAUUUUUCGAAAAAUUAAUUAUAAUUCUUAUAAUGUCAAAACAUAAAGAUAACCGUUGGUCUAAUUACGCGCUGAGAAUUAUAAUAAAUACAGUAUCCCAUCCAUUCGAAUACGCGAAAGUAUUAAUACAGAUCGGCUACGAACCGAUUCCACCAAAAGCUACAAAAACCCUAUUCGGAAAACACGCUCUUAAAUUACCAAACAUUUUUGAAUAUGUAAAACAUAUUAAAUCUGUCGACGGGUUCGUUGGUUGUUACAACGGAUUAGCACCGAAAGUAUGUGGAAAUUUAAUGAGCGCCAUCGCUACACAAAGACUUACGGAUUAUUUCCAACCCCCUGUAGAACAAGAAGAUUUAGAGGAAGAACCAACAGAUGAACAACAGAGAAAAAAUUUUAUAAGAGCCCUUAAAUGUGAAGUAAUGACGCAUUCGGUUGCUAUAGUCGUUAGUCAACCUUUUCACGUGAUUACGGUUAGAAUGAUGGCUCAGUUUAUUGGAAAAGAAACUAAAUACGCGGGUAUAUUCAGUUCAGUUCAAGAGAUUUACCGCGAAAACGGUCUAUUAGGUUUUUUUAGCGGCUUAAUACCGAGACUUAUCGGUGAUAUAUUGUCGGUAUUAUUGGCCAGCGGUUUAACAUACAUCAUAAAUAGAUAUGUUAUCGACGAGAAGGAAUUGAAAGUUUAUACCUCACCAACCAUGACGGUAAAUACAAUUCCCCGUCAAUUACGUACUUUUCUAAUAAAAUUUUCCUUUCAGUUUUUAUCGACGACCAUAACUUAUCCGUUUCAAGUUAUAUCGAACUGCAUGGCGGUAACGGACAGUGGUUUAACCGCUGGUUCACCCCCAUAUAUGCCUCACUACAAGAAUUGGAUCGAUUGUUGGGGCGAUUUAUCCAACAGGAAUCAAUUGAAGAGAGGAUCUAGUCUAUUAGUUCGAUAUUAUGUCGGUCCUUCUAUAAUAAUCGGAGGACAACCUGUACCAUUUACUACUAACAAUGAUAAAUUGAUGUAAAAUCGCACUUUUUAAAUUAUUUUUUACAAUAUUAUAACGAUUUUGUUUGUGAAUAGAAAAAUCUAGUUACUAA